GUUUGUAUUUACAUCUGGGUCAAAGAUUACCAUUUUACCCCUAUAAAUACAUCUUGCUCCUUAAGCUCCCACUAAUCUUCCAUUGAACAAUUGAUUUAUAGUCCAACUUAUGAACCAUAACCCUCCGUUUUAUGAGAGGAGGGGCCCCGUUGUUCAAGAUAAGGCCUCAUCGCUUAAGAAAACAACCUAUCUACUAACCUUAAGUCAGGUAGGAGUUAAUUCCAUAUUGAAAAGCUAUGUUCCCAGCUAUUUAUUUGGUUUAAUCCGUAAAAUGGGAGGCUUAUUGUACCGGAGGAAAGUGCUGACUCGUGGGGCUGGUUUUUGAGGAAUUUAUGGGAUCAUGUGGUGCAUAGAAGGGAGGGAAUGUGUUUAAUUUCAGAUAGACACAAAGGCAUUAUAUCUGCAGUCAGAAACCCUAGCAACGGUUGGGUUGGAGUACACCACAGAUUCUGCUUGCGACAUGUGGCGAGUAAUUUUAACGACAAGUUCAAAAAUAGUUUAUUGAAGAGUUCGGUGUAUAGUGCAGGAUCAAAAUUUCAAGUUCGGAAGUUUAAUGACUAUAUGACCGAACUUCAAACAGCAAAUCUUAAUUGCUUGCGAUAUUUUGCUUCCAUAGAUCCUAAGAAGUGGACACAGUCACAUGAUGGUGGUCAUCAUUAUGGAUGGCUAACCACGAAUGUGGCCGAAAGUACAAAUGUUGUUCUGAAAGGAGCUAGAAAGCUACUAAUCACUGCACUAGUCCAAGUAACAUUCUACCAAACUAUUGCUUAUUUCACUACUUGUCAUGUAGAAAUAGAGAUUGCCCUUGGAUCGGAAGAGUGUUUCACGAGGUAUGCGGUAAAGAAAAUAAGUCGUUGGGAACAACUUGCAACUAAACAUUCCGUCAACAUAUUUGACCAUUGAACAGGGUUAUAUGAAGUCACCAUCUCAAUCAACCCAAUAACACUAAAGGGUGGAAACACACACCAAGUAAAGUUAAGUGAAAGAACAUACACAUGUAAUAAGUGGCAGAGUUUUGGAAUCCCCUGUUCUCACACUAUGGCUGCGUGUAAGACCAUUGGGGUAGACUACUUUCACUACAUUGAAGACUAUUACAAAAUUUCCACCUACCUGGCAUGUUAUUCACCCUAGUUCGAGCCCAUCCCUGAUAAAAAAUAUUGGUCUGAUCCUAACUUCCCAACUAUUUAUCAAGACGAAUCAUGAGUUAGGAAGGUUGGUAGACCAUGUACUUCUCGCAUGCAAAACGAGAUGGAUUGGAGGGAACGUUACAAGACACGGUGCACAACUUGCAGACAAGAAGGGCAAUUGAUGGAAUUAUCCCAAUCGAGCUCGUGAUGCGA